AAGUCGCUUGCAGUCUGGCCCCCAAUGCCGGUGCGAUUUCCACACCGCCGCCACGCGAAUCAUUACGCGGACAAACGUUUCCCAACGUAUUCGCGAGCAUACGCGUUGCGCAAAAUACGCCGAAAACGCGGAACCACUAACGGAGAAGUGUUACAAGUUGCGUAUCGGCGAAGACACGCUCAAAUUGCGUUAUCAAUCAUUUGAAAAUCGAAGUGUAUUUUUUUUAACAGACAAAUUCGCACGCAAACAUUCUUAUUUGAAAAUCGAAGUGUGACUUUAGUGGUAAACUGUGGCUUAACUUGUGGUCAUUAUUACAACACUAGUCGGAUGCGUGGUUUAAUUAAAAAAAUCGUUGCAUUUACAAAAAACCGUUUCAAUUUUAACAUACCUAACUAAGGCGAAUAACUUAAUUUGUUGACAUUUAAUGAGUGUUUUAACUUGUGAUUAUGUAAGAACAAUUUCGCGAUUUAAAUUUCAAUAAAAUAAUACCUAUAAAAAUAUCUCCAAAUAUGACUUCGAGUGAUAGAUAAAAACAUCCAGCUCUGUAUAGCUCAUUAACAACUUAUAAACAGCACAUCACUAAUUUACUAAUGGAUAUUAAUCGAUAACAAAUCUAUUUUGAAUAUAGAAAUGAUCGGUGAAAUAUUAAAAUGGUGAUGCGAAAACCCGACGGCGUUAAGACAUGAUACAGAUGAAAUGAAGACGUCGAUAGAAUGUGAGCGGUCGGAAGCCGCGGAGAGCGGGGGAAAGGGACGGAUAUCCUUCAGCGUAGAUUCCCUCCUGGGGAGUAAGAGCGAGACGCCUAGAGACACUCCGGACGCGAUAAGCAAUGACGCGGAAAGCGCAGUCGAAACGGAUGAUAGUGAUGUAGAUAUAGAGGACUUGGAGUCGAAUGUCGGUGAUGAACGCGAUGAACGAGAUGCUAAUGAUGGUGAUGAAACUGAAGUUAAGGGGGUGGUGGUGCCACAACCCCUUCUGCCUAGGUUGUACCAGGGUCAUGCGGCGCCGAGUUGGCCGUUUGGGGGGUUUCCGUGGAUGACUCCUAACCCCAUGUUUCGAGCUGGAUCGCCCGGUGGUCCCCCUGCCGGUCCACCAGUGGUACGCUGCCAGCUCCGCAAGCACAAACCCAACAGAAAGCCGCGCACUCCCUUCACCACGCAGCAACUCCUGGCGCUGGAGAAGAAGUUCCGAGACAAGCAAUACUUGAGCAUCGCUGAGAGAGCCGAGUUCUCUUCUUCACUGCGACUAACAGAGACACAGGUCAAAAUAUGGUUCCAGAACCGGCGCGCAAAAGCCAAGCGGCUCCAAGAAGCGGAAAUCGAGAAGCUUCGUCUAUCCGCGAGGCCCCUUUUACCACCAUCCUUCGCCCUGUUCGGUGGUGGAGGGGCCCCGCCAUUGUUUGCAGCCAUGGCCGCGGCUUCCAGGCCUCAGUUGAGCUUCCUGGGAGGCCCGCCCUCCCACCAACACGCGAUAAACAUGAAUAUCCUGAACUCCUUGCAACCGCAUUGACAUCAGGGCCACGCGAUGACGCGUGACAAUCCGCCAUCUUCCUAACAUGGCGGACAGAAGUGACAUUUACAAUCGGAUACACAGACUGAAAGUGAUUUGAAUACACGUAAUUGGAUACUCGGACUGUAGUUUACACAAAGUUAAUAAUUUACUAAAAAUAAACAAUAUUUAAUAAAAAAUCUACUUACUAAAAACUUGUUGAUUUAUUGGUGUAAGGUGUAGUACAUUUUUCAAAUGAUCAAAAACACCUCGAAUACUGUCUAUUUUUAGUAAAUAAAUUAUCUCGGUUUAAAAGUGAUUUUAACUGUAACUUAAAUAAUCAGUUACUCAGACUAAUUAAAGUGAUUUUACAACACAAAAUCGGAUACUCGUACUUUGUUGUGUAAGUUAAUAAUUUACUAAAGAUAAACGAUUUUAAGACGUUUUUCUAAUAUUAAAAAAUCUGUUUAUAAUUGUGAACGUUUUAUUGGUUUGUAAAUUUUUCAAAUGACCAUAAAACAUCUCAAUUAUUGUGCAUUUUUAGUAAAUUAUUUAACCAAGUAUUAUAAUGUGACUUGACAAUCGAAUACACGGACUAUUGAAAGUGAUUUAAAAUCUGUGGUGUAUUGUGCCAGUACUUAAUUUAAUUUAUUGUAAUAUUGGUAAAUAAUAGAAAAGAGAAUUAAUGCGUAUGUUUCCUUUUACAAUUAGGUAAUUAUUUUUUAUAUAAAAUAAGUGCAAUUUCACAUAGAUAAUAAUCGAUAAAUAGCCAUAAAUGUAACAUUACUGAAUAGUUUACCUUUUUUUUGUAAAUAUCGUAAUUAAAAUAUUUAGUUUAUAGUCGAUUUGUUAUAAAAUUACGUAUAAUUUUCGAAUAAUAACGGUAAUAAAAUAUCUUAUUACUUAAUAACAUUUUAUUUAUUUUUUUAAGUACGUUAUUAAAUAUAAUAGAACAUUUAUUUAAUGGCAAUCGCUAAUCACUUAAUUUCGGAACUGAUUAUUGUAAAAUGCAUAUAAAAAAUGAUUUUUAUGAUCUUAUUUAUUUUUAAAGGUUAAAUUUACGGUUUUUAUAUUCCUAAUAAGCAACUAUUUGGAACUCGGCAUGUAAUAAAAGACAUUACGAAUCGCUAAAUUAAAAA